AUGAGAAAAAUACCAAACAGUGGGAACCUGAGGAUGACGAAGGUGGCGUACCCGCUGGGGCUGUUCGUGUGCCUGUUCAUCUACGUCGCCUACAUGAAGUGGCACUGGGCCUCCGCCACCCAGGCCUUCCUCGGCAUCCCCGAGGUGGCCACGGGGGCCCGGAGGGGCCAGCAGUUCCGCAGUCCCCCGGGGACAGCUGCCCGCGGGCCUGAGGUCUUCUAUGGCAUCAUGUUCGACGCGGGGAGCACUGGCACCCGAGUGCACGUCUUCCAGUUCACCCGGCAGCCUGGAGAAACUCCCACCUUGACCCAUGAAACCUUCAAAGCACUGAAGCCAGGUCUUUCUGCUUACGCUGAUGACGUUGAUAAGAGCACCCCGGGAAUUCAGGAGUUACUGGACAUUGCUAAACAGGACAUACCCUUUGAAUUCUGGAAGGCCACCCCCUUGGUCCUCAAGGCCACAGCUGGUUUACGUCUGUUACCAGGAGAAAAGGCUCAGAAGUUACUGCGAAAGGUGAAAGAAGUGUUUGAGGCGUCGCCGUUCCUCGUAGGGGACGACUGUGUUUCCAUCAUGAACGGGACAGAUGAAGGUGUUUCCGCGUGGAUCACCGUGAACUUCCUAACAGGCAGUCUGAAGACCCCCGGGAGGAGCAACGUGGGCAUGCUGGACCUGGGCGGAGGGUCCACCCAGAUCACCUUCCUCCCGAGAUUCAAGGGCACCCUUCAGACCGCCCCGCCCGGCUUCCUCACGUCCCUCCAGAUGUUUAAUAGGACCUACAGGCUCUACUCCUACAGCUACCUGGGGCUCGGCUUGAUGUCGGCGCGGCUGGCGGUUCUAGGCGGCGAGGAGGGAAAGCCUGCUGAGGAUGGAGCGGAGUUGGUCAGCCCUUGUUUGUCUCCCGGUUUCAGAGGAGAGUGGGAGCACGCUGAAGUAACGUACAGGGUGGCAGGACAGGAGACAGCGGGGAGCCUCUACCAGCUGUGCGCCCGCCGAGUGUCCGAGAUUCUCCGAAACAAAGUGCACAGGACAGAGGAAGUGAAGGACGUGGAUUUUUAUGCCUUUUCCUACUAUUAUGACCUUGCCGCAAAUGUGGGCCUCAUAGAUGCAGAGAAGGGAGGCAGCCUUGUGGUCGGAGACUUUGAGACUGCGGCCAAGUACGUGUGCCGGACGGCAGAGACCCAGCCGCCGCGCAGCCCCUUCCUGUGCCUGGAUCUCACCUAUGUCAGCUCGCUGCUCCACGGGCUCGGCUUCCCGGGGGACAAAGUGCUGAAGUUGACCCGGAAGAUUGACAACGUGGAGACCAGCUGGGCUCUGGGGGCCACUUUUCAUUACAUCGACUCCCUGAGCCGACAGAAGAGCCCCACCUUGUAG